AGGUGGAAGCCGAAGUAAUACUCAUCCCCACGUCUCCUUACACUAAUAAACAAUCUUGACGGAGGAGGCGAAGAGAGGCCCAAAAACUCAGCGUAUGGCUUCCAAAGUCAUAUUAAAUAAAAGAAUUUACGUGUUACUGUAAUUUCAUCGUCUUCUACGCAAUCAAGCCCUCUUCCUCUCUUGCCUUCAUGCUCUUUGUAUUCUUCCCCGCUCUGAUUAACGUCUUCUCUCGCUGUAUUAGCCUUCCUUCUACUGGUUUCAACCCCUAAAUUUCUUAACUUUCAGGGGGGGUUUUGCCCAAAUUUCAUUACUGGGAGUACUUCACCUAUUUCGGUCGGUACUGCGUCAUUCCUAACUUCUUCCAUGAGUGUUGCUUAGUUCCAGGUUUCUGGGUCAUGGACUGGCUGUUUAUGCCUACUGUCAGUGUCUGUGAACAAUGUUUAUCAGGCCAAGGGGUCCUAGUGUUUUUAACAUAUUCAAAUGGAAGCGUCAAGAUGGAUCAUCUCUGACAACAGGUUUGCUUCAGGAUGUUCCACCAGAGAUUGAGUUGUCUGACUAUGGAAGGAUUCCAAGUCCAGGUAGUGAGAGCCCUUCAGGGCUUCUUAAUGGUGAGAGUUUGAACAUAGAGCCGAUUUCGGACUUGGACCUCUUCUUUGAAAGGCUUUACAGCUACUACUGCGAGAAAGGGCUCUGGUGCAUUAUUAUAAAGUGGAUUGUUGAACUUCUUAGUCUAGGAUUUACCAUAUGUUUCUCGGGAUUUUUCUUAUUAUAUGUUGAUUGGAAUGGACUUCGCAAUGCGAAGUGUGGGAUGGAUGCAGUGGAAUCAGGAAUUAAGCCUUGUGAUCUUGGUAAAGAAGCUAUUCAUCAACACCCUUUAACCCCACUAACACUUACAAAGGUUAUUAUUGUUGGAUAUUUAGCAAUAUUUUCCAUCUAUUGGAUAUUCUGUUUCUUGAGGUUCUUUGCUCAACUAAAGGACAUUCUGGAAAUCCGUCACUUUUAUUACAAUAGUCUCCGUGUUACUGACAAUGAGAUCCAAACUAUGCCCUGGGCUACUAUUCUUGAAAAGGUUGUUUUGGUGCAAAGUUCUCGGCAGCUCUGUGUGGUAAAAGAUCUCUGUGCUCAUGAAAUGGUGAUGAGACUGAUGCGGAAAGAAAACUACUUGAUUGGAAUGAUCAACAAGGGGGUGCUUGCUUUCCCCAUUUCUCGGUGGGUCCCAGGUGCUGGUCCUACGGUGAAAUGUGGUCCUAAUGGAACACGAUAUCGUCUCAUACUAACCAAGACCCUUGAGUGGACUUUAAACUGGUGCAUCCUGCAAAGCAUGUUUGAUCGAAACUUUUGUGUUAGAAGGGAUUUUGUGUCCAACCCAAAGACAUUGAAGAAAAGGCUUAUGGUAGUUGGGCUUGCAAUGCUUUUACUUUCUCCAUUUCUUGUCAUAUUCAUGCUGGUGUAUCUCUUUCUGAGGCAUGCUGAACAAUUUUAUAAUCAUCCAAGCACAGCAUCAUCUCGAAGGUGGUCAAAUUUGUCAAGGUGGAUCUUUAGGGAAUUCAAUGAGGUGGACCAUCUCUUCAAACAUCGGAUAAAUAGCAGCACGAUACAUGCUUCUGAUUAUCUCAAGCAAUUUCCUUCACCUAUUAUAUCAAUCAUUGCAAAGUUCAUAUCUUUUGUAUCUGGUGGAUUUGCUGCAAUUCUGAUCAUCAUUGCUUUUCUUGAGGAAUCUCUGCUUGAAGGCCAUAUAUUUGGCCGAAACUUGUUUUGGUAUGCUGCUGUUUUUGGAACUAUAACAGCUGUUAGCCGUUUUGCGGUGACAAAUGAGCUUCUUGUUCUAGAUCCUGAGGGAGCAAUGUCCAUGGUGGUUCAACAUACUCACUAUAUGCCAAAAAGAUGGCGUGGCAAAGAAAGUACUGAAAUGGUCCGCACUGAGUUUGGAACACUAUUUCAGUACACUGGGAUGAUGUUACUUGAGGAGAUGGCCUCAAUUUUCCUCACUCCAUAUUUACUUUUAUUUGUUGUCCCCGAGCGGGUUGAUGAUAUUCUGCAGUUCAUUGCAGAUUUCACAGUGGAUGUUGAAGGGGUUGGUCAUGUUUGCAGUUUUAGUUUCUUUGAUUUUCAAGCCCACGGAAACGGCAAAUAUGGUUCCCCAUGCGAUGCACCUCGCAACAGGAGGAGUUCCCAGGGGAAGAUGGAGAAAUCAUUUCUGAGCUUUCAGAGUACCUACCAAUCAUGGAAACCAGAUAUUCAGGGGAAGCAGUUUUUGCUGAAUCUUAGAACGUUGAGAGAGCAAAAUUUACCAGGGUAUGGGAACAGAUAUGCAUCUUUCCGUCCUAAAAUGUGGGUGGGUGGUCCCUACAUGAGGAGUAAUGGAGACAGAAAUUUGUUCAUAUCCAGUGAAAUGCCACAUAACACUUUCAAAAUUGGUAAUCACUUAGGUUCAUUGUGGCCAAGUGAUGCCAAUCAAAACAAUAAUCUUUAUAUUCUUGAUUGCUACUAUACUUCUCGAUCUCGUCAUGAUCCAAUAGAACCAUUUGAGAAGACUGAGCUUCAUUCCGGAGAGUAUUGGAUGACCUCGGAGAAUGAACCUGGGUAUGAUGAAUACUUGAGAGGUUAUGGUGGGGAUCGAGCUGAGUCUCAUUUUGGGGCAUCCACGUCAGCUCCCUUUUUCAGGGAAGCUCUACUUGAGGAUCAGAGGGGUAGUGAUAUGGCAGAGUCGAGCAAGAGUCAUUGGUGGGCUAGAAGUCGACCACAUGGUGGGCAAGCUCAGGCAAGCUUUUUUGAGCCUCCAGAUUUCAAUCACCAGACAUUUAACUGCUAUGAUAGGUUGUCUGAUAGAUGUUCAGAUGAUCAAGAGCAACACUUGGACUGGAGAGAUUAUCAUAGAUUAUCUAGGACGACACAUACAGAUGACUUAGAGGCAGGGGAAUUUAAUCUUCAUUUUGAUGAUAUUUAUAGCCGACCCCCAGAAACUCCCACUUUUAAUCCAAGCACUGCAAGUCUGUGAGCGAUGACCGCCUGUUCUCUGAUUAUUUGUUUGAAUGCUGUUGCUUUGAGUGUCCGGAAUGUAUUAGAGUUCCUACUCUGCAAAUGGUAGCUGUGUCUUCUGUUCUACCAAUGGAAACAAUAUUCUUUACUGUAGAUAAAGAUCCAUUGAAUUGUUCUGUUGGGUUGUAUUCUGAGUGAAACCCAGCUUCAGAGUUUGGAUAGGGGCUUUAAAGGGCUGCCUUCCUAAUGUAAGAAAACGAAGAAAACAAUAUGUAGACAUUUAUCAUUCAUCAUGACAAGCGUCCUAAUUCACACUC